CUACCGCUCUGGCCGUACUGACGUCACAGCCCCCUGGUAGCUAGGCAAUCUCAACAACUGCCCGGCGAGCGGUUUCAGUUUCAACAAGGCGGUUGGUUCUAGUCCCUGGUUUUGUUUAUUCCGGGUCCGUCGCAGUUUGCUCUGCUCUCCCUGAUAACUUGCACGUUCCUCAUCUAACCAAGCCUACACGACGCUUCUGUUGUGGUGGGACUGCUGUCUUCUAACCUCUACCUCUUCCUAACAACUGUCACUUGACUUCACCUCAGCUCGAAAACAGAAAAACCGAAAAUGCCGCCAAAGAACAAAAUGACUACAAAGGUGUGUCCCGACUGCGAUACCCCGUGUGCAGUCGCCUGCAAGACUUGUACAUGUGGCUACUCUUUCUAUCAGGCAAGGCGCAGCGAUGGUGCACAGGCUUCUGCCUCAACCUCUAGUGCUGGAGAUCAAACAGAACAGGACGGAGUCCGACAGAGAAGAACUCAACGGAUAAAGGAGAAGCCCAACUACUAUGACGCCACAGAAUUCAUGAAGGAAAAGCGAAAGCGAAGACGGAGGAAUGACGAUCAGUAUGAACUGCGCAGAGCCAAUGAGCCAGCGGCACCAUCUGGGGCAUCUGGGGCACUGAAGAGACGCAAGAAGAGGAAAGGCCGAGGAGCAGCCAAAGAAGAGGAGGAGGAGGAAGAAGUUGUACUGCCAAUUGGAAGCGCACCGGAGAGGGUGGCCCAGUGUGCUGUUAUUCUAGCUGACAUUAAUAGAAGAAUACAAUCCUCUGCUGUUAGAGUUCGGUGAGGGUUGCCUCACUUUUUGCCUUGUUUUUCUGUUUUAAUGUGUAUCAUUGAUGUAAAAAUUAUUGUAAGAGGAUCUAUGUGUUUAUCUAGGUGAUCGUGUAUAUAUUUACAAUCAUUGAGUUUUAAAGGAUUGACCUGAGUCAAAGAGAUCUCAUCUAGUAUUUGCUUCUAUAUUGUACAAUAGUAUUAUAUGUAUGGUUAAGACUAUAUUUGUGUACAGUGUUAGGGCUAUCUUUUUUGAAUCUCAGGUCUGUGUUUUUUGUCUUUAUAAGCCUGAAUAAAGUUUCUUGUUUACUUAAAAA